AUGCGGCAGGAGGUGUGGGAGUAUGAGGGCGGCCAGUGGCUGCACGGAAGGUCUUCGACGGAAUGCCUUGAUGAUUGGGAGGAGGAAGAUGAGGAUUGCGGUUAUGGUCAAUUGGAGGUAGAUGGGAUGCGUUUCAGUAGGAGAUGGGAAGAUGAUGAUGUUGAUGAUGGGGAUGGUCAUUGUAGGGUUUGCUGUCGGAGGAAGGGCCUAGAAAGCUAUUACAGUGGUGAGGAGGUGCACAGUGGUCGGCGUAGAGAGAGGAGCGAUCUUGAUGAGGGCCGUCACGGUUUCAGAGAUUCUAACCGGAGGCAGCGGCAGCAAAGGAAUAUAACCGCAGAAGAGAGGAGGGAUUUUAACUCUGAUGAUGUGGUCGAUGUCAGGAGGGCUGGUCGGUAUGCAGAGGAUGUAGGAGGAUUUGAUCGGAGAAGAGAGAGUAGGGAUUUUGAGAUUGAUGGUAAGGUUGAGAUGAGGAGAGAAGGCAGGCGUCAUGGCAAUGACCACAGAUAUGUUUCAUGGCACCAGAGAAGAAGUGAAGAUACAGAUGGAGAGGAUGUUUCACUCUUGAGAUCACGUCAUUGGAAUGACAAAGAGAUUGAGUACGACGAGCAAGAUCUUGCUGACCGAAGGUACUACUCUGGGGUGAGAUCUCAAAAGUCUGCAGGAGCAUCUUCAUUGCAUGAGGAUGAUUCAAAGAGGGCUUCAAAUUUUAGGAGCACAUUCGAUGCUAGACAUACAGGGCAGAAGGAGAAUUCAACCUCAAGUGUGAGGUGGCAUGACAAUUUUGUGAGAGUAAGAGAUUCUAGGAUAGGAAGACAAGAUGACAAGUUUAUAACUGAGGAUGAUACUAGGUUUACAUCCACUUCAAAGAACACAUCCAUUUUAAAGCACGGUAGCAAACAUGAUCAGCAAGCUGCAGUACAUAAGGAUGGUUCAAGGAACAGCUCACAGAAGAUAAUGGAGAUAUCAGAAGUCCAAGAUAAUAGCACUGAACAAGAUUCAAGAGCACAGCGCUAUCAUCAGGAAGAUAGAGAAAACUAUGCUAAGAAUAUGUCAUCUUCUGUUCAAAAUUCUGUGAAGAUGGCUAGUGAUAGUAGAAGACAAGUUGAUCAGCAUAAUGAGGUGAAUCAGAACUUGGUCUCAGUCACUGAUUCAAGGAAAAACUCAGAGAACCUCAAUGUAACAACUGAUAGCAGUCGCAAUGUCAGCAGGGCCUCUCACUCGCUGAGAAAUUAUAAUGAAAUAAACCAGACAGAUAUUGAUGACAGUUCUACUUCCUUACAGAAUAUAACUCAUAUUACAAGAGAUAAGAAGAGGAUUGUAAACCAACAAGUGAUACAUGAAGCAGAUAUAGACGUGCAGAAUAUUACACAUGUUGAUAUUUCGAAGGUCCAUGCUAGUGAUACUUCUACAUCUAGGAGUUCACAAAGUCACUUGGAAACUAGAUCAGACAUGAACUUAUCUUCCAGUAUGGAUUUCAUUAAUAGAACAAGAAGCCAGGAAAAAGAAGGGUACCAAAAUAAGAUCUCUGCUAAUGAUAGUGCCAUGGUUAGGGGUUCACAAAGUCAUCUUGAGACUGGAUUGUAUGAUCCGUUUCACUCAAAGCCAUCGACUAAUAUUGCUGACAACAAAAGGGAAAGUCAAGAACAAGCUGAACUUAAUAUUGCCAAUGCUAGUAAUGCUGUUGUAGCUAGCACUUCAGGCAGUCAUCUCCAAACCAGAACUGAUGACCCAUGUCAAUCACCUUCAGCUGUAGCAAUUGGCAGUAUGAAAGAACAAAUUGAUUUUGCUAAGAUCCAUGCUAGUGAUGCUACAGUUAGCAGUUCACAAGGUCCUGUGACUAGAAAUGGCAAUGAAGUUCAUAAGGCAUCAACUGUACAUUGGUCAAGGGAGAGACAAGGCAAGAAUGGUCAGCAAAUUACACAAGUUUCUAAUACAGAACAAGAUGAUGAAGCAAGAAGUAUUUUUCCUGAAUCCUCUCAGGAUACACAUCAUAACAUGGAUUUGAUCUGGCAGCAGGCAGACACCAGCAGGAUCUCUGAGGAUAAAAACAUUGCUGGUUUGCUCAUAGAAAGCACCGAAAAGGCAUCAUCUAUGACUAAUGUGGAUAUGGGACAACAAGCAGCAACAAUGGGAAGCUAUGAACAAGAAGUAAGGAGUGAGACUACUGCAGGAAGUAGUUUACCAAGUGGUUCAAGUGCCAGACAGUCUGUCAAGGAAAGCAUGCUAGAAUCAGCUGCUCGAUUAGAGAAAUCAUCUACCUUUCUUGUUGGAUGGUUUGUUGAUGAGCUCCAAAAGGGGGUCUCAGAUGCAGACGUUACUUCAACAAAGAAACAUGAGAAAUCCAUAGUGGAAGGUAUAGCAAGCUCAUCACCAAGGUCUAGAACAAAAGGACCAGCAGAUGAAAUGUGGGAUGUCCAGAGUACUUCUCAAGAGACCUUCAAGACGGCCAACAAGGAGGAAGGUUCCUCAGCUGAUGGAGCUACCAAUUCUGCCUCUCAGACACCCAAAAAUGAAUCUGCUCUUGCUAGGAAAGUCCACAAGUCACUCUGGGCUUAUGUUGCUGAUAUAAUCCGUCUUGGAUUUAUUCAACGUGGUGACUCCCAUGAUUCUAGUCACAAAUUAGUUAACAAAAGUUCAUCUAAUAAUUCUCAGAGCACAGAGGGUUGGCUUUCUAGUCAGGAACGUGAUAACGAUGGCACAAAGAAGAAAAAUGGCAGUACCAACGCAAAACAUCAGCAGUUGAUAAAGUUGCAUGGUGGUGAACAAGAAUCUGGAGUGACUUCAAUAUCAAAUGAGGAAUAUUUGCACACUGGGGAGAGAAUAAAACAAUCAGAUGUUGGUGAAUUACCCAAAGGAAAUAGCAUAGAUGAUAGCACUCCAACUUUGCUAGAUAUCACGAUAGGACAUUUACCCGAACACAAAACUGCUACUUCCAGGAUCACAACAGAGGGUUCUGGUGAGUUUUUUACUGGGAAAGGAAUGUUGGCUGGCAGCUCUUCUGUGACCAUCAGUGAAAUGGAAGCUGGUCGCAGUGGUGAUGGAGCUGAUUGGAUAUAUGAUCCUUCAGGUGCUAUAACUCCUAAUCAUGAUCCUCAAACGCAAGCAGUAAUGCCACAUGAGAAUACCUCAACUGGUAUCCUUGGACCACCAGUGUUACCUGUGGGAGUUUCUAAAAGGUUUGAAGAGAAGAAUGUCGUGCAAGAGGCCCCGCAAAUUAUUAAAACAGGAGGGAAAGAUACAGAAUUGAAAAGGAGAAUGUUUCAAAGAAAUAAACAGGUAUUGAAGGAUACAUUUGAUGAAUGGGAGGAAGCAUACCAGCGUGAUGCUGAGCAGAGAAAGGCUGAUGAGUUAUUCAUGAGGGAAGCUUUACUUGAAGCCCAGAGAGCUGCAGAUAUUUGGGAGGUACCCGUUGGAGCAGUGCUAGUACAGAAUGGCGAAAUUAUUGCUCGUGGUUGUAAUCUAGUUGAAGAUCUCAGGGAUUCAACUGCGCAUGCUGAAAUUGUUUGUAUAAGAGAGGCUUCUAACAAACUCAAGACAUGGCGCUUAGCGGAUACAAUGCUUUAUGUGACUUUGGAACCUUGUGCCAUGUGUGCUGGUGCUAUUCUUCAAGCUAGAAUCGAUACUGUGGUAUGGGGUGCCCCAAACAAGCUUCUGGGAGCUGAUGGAAGCUGGGUUAGGCUGUUCCCUGGGGAUGGACAAACAAGCACUCUGGAUUCAACAAACCAGAGCAAGGCUGCAGGGCCUGUCCACCCUUUCCACCCGAAGAUAACCAUCAGGCGUGGUGUGCUGUCGGCCGAGUGCUCAGAAAUAAUGCAGCAGUUCUUCCAGCUGAGGAGGAAGAAGCAGCCACAGUCACCACCCCAGGCGCACCACCAUGGGCACCACCAUCCUGUCAAGUUUUUCAGCAAGAUGCACCACAUGUUCGGCACGAUAUUCUGUUUAUAG